AUGUUUCGGAUAUAUUACAAAUCCAUAUCAAUAAUGUUGAAGAAAAUAGGAAGGAAACUCAAGAAAUAAUACAUAAAUUGUGGGAAUUAUAUGAAUUAUAUAAAAUUACAGAAAUCUUUAAUAAGAGAGAGCUUCAAUCGUUAAAACAUAUAAAAGAAGAUUUAGAGAAAGAUUUGAAAAGUCUGAAGCAGUAUACCAUAAUCCUUUUUAUUGUUGUUGGUUUCAAUUUGCUUAUUUUUCAAUCAAUAUCUGGUAGUGAAUUUUUGGUUUCCGCUGUAAUGGCAAUUUCAGCAUUAAUAAAAAAAACUAAUAUUCGACAGGCCGAAAAUGAAGUAAAUAAAUUACAAAAAAUAGGAAAUGAGUUGGAGAAAUUUUGUAACAAAUUGGGUCCAUUAAUAGUUAAUAUAUAUUUUCAGCAUAUAUUAUAUAACUUUGGAAAAUUUUAGCGAAUAUUCAGGACUUAUAGGACAUAAUAGUACUGAUAAUCAUUACAAUCGAAUUCUAAUAAAACCUACGAAGUCAAGAUGGGAACAAGUAUAAGAAUUAUGUGAUAAUUAUAUAAAUGCGAAGGUGUAAUAUCAUUUUUAUUUAUAACCGCAAGAAAAAUGUCUAUAUUUCCAAAAGUACGAACACACAUACAGUAUGCUAAGCGUUAGGAAAAUCGGACGGGAAAUGCUAGUCGGAGUUGAUAAAAACAUUUUUAUUAUCUAUAAAAUUAAAUAUUUUGUUCAUUUUUAUCAAGUAUCGUGAGUAAUUGAAUAAAAAAA